ACCCACAACAAACAACUCAUUGCCUUCUCUCCUCCUCCCUUUUUAUCAUUCCUUCAAACUCAUUUCUUUUGAGAGUCGACAUUGGGUUUCUUUAGGAGGAGGCUUAUGAGAUUGAAUCCGAAAGGUAUGGCCUCCUCUACGAUGUAUAAGUUAGAUGGAGAUCGAGAGCAGAGUGGAGGAGCCAUAGGACUCUUCAGAAGUGAAGCCACCAUGAGCGACGACGUGUGCUUUGAGAUCCUCGCCAGGCUCCCAGUCGAGGCCCUGUUCCGAUUUAGCUGCGUCUCCAGGGAAUGGCACCGCCUUAUCUCCGACGACUACCUCCGGUGGCGGCUUCCCCUUCUCGCCUCCGCUGUCUUCUACCGCUGCGGCGAUGGCGAGAGCGAGAAGCCCCGGUUCGCGUGCACGUCCCGCGGCAGCCUCCGUGAAUGCAGCCUCGAGUUCUUCCCCUUCCAUCGGAGCUCCGCCAUCGUCGACUGCUGCCACGGCCUGCUGCUCUCCUACUCGAGCUUCCACUCCAUGUUCUACGUCGUCAGCCCCAUCACCAUGAGAUGGGUUGAGCUGCCGCGGCCCCCCAAGAGAGCGCAACUCUCGGUGCUCGCCUUCGACCCCCGGCACUCCUCGGAGUACAAGGUGGUCGCCUUCACCGGCUGGCUCCCGCGGGGCGCCGAGCUCAUGGUCUUCGCGUCGGAAACCGGGAGGUGGGCCGAGCGCAGCGUGCAGUGGGGGCUCGACCCCGACGCCAUGACCACCACGUUGCGGUACUUCGCGGGGACCCUCUAUAUCCUGGCCCACCCGAACUACGCCGUGGCGGUCGACCUCGGCGACGACAGCGUGUGCCGUCUGAUCGAGCUGCCGGAGGCCAUGAAGCAUGGGGCGCGUCUCGACAUGUCCGCCGGCGGUCUGCAAUACGCCUGCAACGACGGCGGUCGGCUCAGGGUGUGGAUGCACAACGAGUCGAGCGGUGGUGGGUGGGUGCUGAAGCACAGCGUCAACGUUAAUGGAGCAGUAGUGGCGCUGCAUCCGGAGAGGGAGGUGGCGUACCUGAGGGCGGACUGGAAGCUCGUAUCGUAUGAUCUGAGGAAGAACAAGGUCGAGGAGGUGUUGGAGAUGGAGGAGGAGAGGGAGACGGCAUGCUAUGUGGUAAACAUGUGGUUAUUUCCUUUCUCGCGGCACAUGUCGGAUUGCUUGGCCACAAGGACGGUGGUGGAGACAUAUCCAAGUGAUGCGAAGGAAUACAGUGUGUGAAUGUGACAAAGUGCAGUUGUUCAUCAUUAUCUUUAGAGAAAAAUCCAUGACCAUA